CUCUUUUAAGUUUUCGCGGUAAAAUGGACGAUGACAUGUGUGGACAAUUCUCCACAUAUUCUUAUCUUCCAAGUGUCGCUACUGAAUUGUCGACAUGCUAGUUGUCAAGACGUCUUCAUUUGAGAGGGCCUCGUUCUAAAACAGAUCAUCUUUUCGGCUAUGGAAAAAUGGUAGUGAAUGUAAAUAUCACAAAAGAGGAUCUUAGUGAGCUUUUGGACUGGCUCAGUGACAUACAGUCAAGUGGAGCACACCCGCUCAGAAACUGGAGCAGACGUUGGUAAACGGUAACAUCCUGAGCACAUUAGAUUUGUAGUUCAAAGAGUUUGUGAUCGCAGAGCUUAAAAUGGCUAAGAAGAGGAGACGUUCAUCAAGACCUGAACGGUCAACGUAUCCAAAACAGAAUGUGAACAAUGCUAAAAAGACAUCAAAUAAUUCUUUCUCUUGCAAUUCAGUCACAAUGUGUUUCAUCAAAAAGUAUGGAUCAUCUACCUCAGCUAAUGCUGGAUCAAACCUUACCAAUGGCAUGGACAAUCUAGUAUUAGGCCGAAAGUACUGGGAAGACAUGAUAGCCAUCUGCAGUCAGACUCCAUACUGUCUUUAUUUAUACCAUGGAGUGGAGCUUGAGGACAACAAAGAGGCCAGUGUGGUCUUGUUGGGCUUUUUUGACAAAGCGGCUGGAGAAAACAAGUUCAGACUGCUUGAUGUUCUUCAACCGGAGGAGACUGCUGAUGCCAUCUGUACCUGCAUUCUGGACAUGCUGAAGAAGUUCAGAAUACCUCUAAUAAACUUGGCAGUAUUUUAUUCAAAUUUCCCAGAUCAUGAAGAUCUUCUCUCAGGUCUAAAGUCGCUGAAACCUGAGAUUGUGUCUUUAUGUGGACUUACAGAUGUGGCAGGACAAUCGUGUCAUAGUGGUGUUGAGAAAAUGAAGUUUUCUGGCUUGAUUGUGAAUCUCAUCACAAAGAUCUACAAACACUUUCCAUCUUUCCCAGCUUCUCUACAGAUGUUACUUGAAGAUGUUGAUUUUUCAAACAUCAGAAAUGCCCUGACGUCCCAAUGCUCUCUCUUCUGGAGAAUCGUCCAGAAAAUGACUUUAGCUUGGUCAGAUCUUGAGAAAUACUUUGGAUCUUUGGAUACAGAUGAAAAAGAAAUCUGUCGUCAUCUCAGAGAUCCCAAAAUAAGACUCAACGUCCUGUUUCUAAGCCACGCUUUGCAGCCGCUUUGUGAUUUUCAGGAGAAUAUUGACCGAGGUGUCAGCGUGACACAGCUUCUCCAAGAUGCAUCUCAGUUAUUGAGAUUUUACACAGCAAGUUUCCUCAGACCAAAAACAGCAGAACUUUUCCAUAAGAGAGGAAAGACCUCGCUUGUACAGGACACAGUGGGACAUUUACCUAGACGAGAGGUUGAAGUCGGCAAACACGCUGCUGAUUUUCUCCAGCAACGCUCUGAGGAGUUAACUGAGUACUUGGAGACAUUUCACAGUUCCGUCAUCUCCUUCUACACGACUGUAACUGUUAAUAUUGUUGAACGUUUACCCUUCCCAGAGGCUUGUCUGAGAAACUUGCCAAUAGUGUUGAGUCCAGUAAAAAAGCUUGAGGUGACUGGCAAAAUAGUCCAAGAUUUAGGUGUCUGUUUUGGGGUUUGCCAAAGCCCUGAGAAUACCAGUUUACUCACAGAUGAGUUUUUGGAGUAUCAGUUCCUUGAUGAAGGUGACGCACACCCAGCUGACCAGUCAAUGGAGCAAUACUGGAAAACAGAGCUGAGGAUUAUGGGAAAGACAUCUAGUUUUGGGAAAUUAAUCAUGAGCUUGUUGGCUUUGCCCAGGACGUUGAAAAAAGAGAUCAUUUUUGAACAGAUGUUCCAACAAACUGAUUUGAAUCUGAAGAAGAGGAAAAUGGAGGACUUUAAGGAGAAGGACGUGGCUGUUGAAGAUGCUACAGACAGCAGCUCAUAUAAAAGUGCUCCAUCACAUCACAGCCCAGCGACUCAAGGGAGCAUCACACGCGGUGUCGUUGACUCAUGGGACGUGGAAAACAUUGUGCCAAUGGAAGUGGAGGAUACUGUGCUAGUCUCUUCUGAUUCAGAUACAGAAAGGCAAAAUGACACACAAGGGUAUCAUCCAAAUAUGCCCGAUGAUGGUGAUAGAGACAAGUACAGCAGCAGUGAUGAGAGUGACGAUUGCAGCAGUAGUGAUGAUGAUGAUGUCAUAUGGACUGAGAAAAGAAAAGGAACUAUCUUGCAUAACAAUGAGAAAACAAACAGUCCAUACCAGGGGAAUUACACAGUUGGUGACAUGGUUUGGGGGCCGAUUGAGGGUUUUGGUCUUUGGCCUGGACUGGUUCAGAGCUGGGACAGCAAGAAGCCUUGUGGCUCCAUGCGUAAAGUGAUUUUCUUUGGGAACAGGAUGCUGUCAGAGAUCCAAGUAGACGAUCUACUGCCCUUCUUUGCAUUUGCUAAGUGCUUCUGUUCUAAUUCUUUCGCUACAAAAGCAACAUAUAAAGAUGCGAUCUUCAAUUCUCUGCAGGUGGCUUCCAGACGCAGUAGAAUGUUUUUUUCCCCUGAGACGGACUCUAUGGAUGAGUUGUUCAGAGUCAUGCUGGACUGGGCCUUUGGAGGUUUUAAGCCAUCAGGUCCAGAUGGACUUCGACCUCAAUCAGAAUACAAUGAACAGGCUUUUAUGCCACGAUCAGUGAAUGGGAAUGUUGGAUCCUCUCCAAACAACAAAGACCAUCGAGAAAAAUUAUUUAACCUAACUGUAUCUCUGAAUAAACUCCCUGAAUCUCUGGACCUGCACGAAGGUUCGAUAAACCUUGGUAAAACGCAUGUUAACAGAAAAUUCAUGCAUCUGAAAUGGAAUCGGAGAUCCUUGCAGACUGUAAGAACUAGUCGAGGGCAGAAACGUACUUACUGGAAUAAGCAUUGGGAAAGUAUGCAGGUUGAGUCCAGACAGAACAGCCAAACAAGAUAUCAAAUGGUGCAGCAAUUUUUGGAAAACAAGAUAGACAUUGAAAAGUUCUGCUUAUCAUGUGGGAGUACAUUUGUUGACAUCAUCCACCCACUCUUCGAAGGCAGCCUGUGCUUGAAAUGCAAGUUUAAUUUCACGGAGACGCUGUACAGAUAUGAUGAAGACGGCUAUCAGUCAUACUGCACUGUAUGCUGUUGUGGCAUGGAGGUCAUUCUGUGUGGCCAUGGCAACUGUUGUCGCUGCUACUGUGUGGACUGUCUGGAUAUCCUAGUGGGUCAAGGGACAUUUGACCAGCUGAAAAAUGUGGACCCAUGGACGUGUUACCUGUGUGCACCUGAAAGCAGCUCUGGAGCCUUGAAGCCCAGGCAUGACUGGAGCAUUCGUGUGCAGGAAUUCUUUGCCAACAACAGCGCUAUGGAGUUUGAGCCCCAUCGAGUUUAUCCGUCAAUCCCUGCUAACCAGCGACGUCCAAUCAGAGUCCUUUCCUUAUUUGAUGGUAUAGCCACAGGAUACCUUGUCUUGAGGGAUCUUGGCUUCAAAGUGGAAAAAUAUGUGGCCUCAGAAGUUGAUGAAGAGUCUGUUACGAUCUCUAUGGUCAACCAUGAUGGGAAACUCACUCAUGUGAAUGACGUUAAAAAAAUAACGAAAAAGCAUAUUGAGAAAUGGGGCCCAUUUGAUCUUCUAAUUGGAGGAAGUCCUUGUAAUGACCUGUGCACAGCCAAUCCUAACCGAAAGGGCUUGUUUGAGGGCACUGGACGGCUGUUUUUCGAAUACUAUCGGCUCCUAAAUAUUUUGAAGCCGAAGGAGGAUGACCCACGGCCGUUCUUCUGGCUGUUUGAGAACGUGGUGUUAAUGGAAAACAAAGUUAAAACUGACAUUUGCCGCUUUCUGGAAUGUAACCCUGUGCUCAUUGAUGCUGUGAAAGUGAGUCCAGCGCACAGAGCAAGAUACUUCUGGGGGAACAUACCUGGCAUGAACAGACCAAUCGUAGCAUCUCAGAAAGAUAAACUGAGUCUUCAGGAAUGUCUGGACCCUGGCCGUACUGCAAAGUAUGAAAAAGUUCGUACUAUCACCACACGGCCAAACAUACUAAAACCAGGUGCUGAUGACCGACAUUACCCCAUCAUCAUGAAUGGGGAAGAUGACAGUCUGUGGAUCACUGAACUGGAGAAAAUAUUUGGAUUUCCGAAGCAUUACACAGAUGUGAAAAAUCUGGGACGUAUGCAGAGGCAAAGAGUGCUUGGGAAGUCCUGGAGCGUCCCUGUCAUAAGACAUCUUUUAGCACCACUGAAGGAUUACUUUGCUUGUGACGAGUUCCCUUUGAAGUGAACUGAAGUUUGUGGAUUUCUAAUCUUCAGGAGUGAAAAAGACUCAGGGACACAACAGUUUGUCAUUUUUCAUUGUUUUAACUAAAAUUAAUAAACCUGGUAAAUGUGUAUAGUGCUCUGUGAAGUGCCAAGAUAAUCUGGUUUUGGUUUGUCUUGAUUUAAGAACUAAGUUAAUAUUGACCAGUGACUGAAAUGAAAUAAGUGAAGUGUCUGUAUCAAAUAUUAGGAGAAUAAAAAUAACAUUCACUAUUGAACUUUUUUUUUUUUUUUUUAACUCGACAGAAGUCCUGGUUAUUCAGUGCUGUUAACGUAUGUGUAUUUUAUUGGAGUCUCCAUGGGAUUAAUAGUAUUUGGUUUGUUAUUUUUAAUAAAAAAAAAUUGAAAAAUCAUUU